AUGCAUAUUGGGACGCGUGGGUGGAAUUCAAUGGCUAUGCGUGGGUGGAAUUCAAUGGCGGAACGAAUCGACAUGAAUUGGCUUGAGCCCAAGCCCAGAGCAAGGCGUUCUCUGCCUGCUUACUUGUCGUCUACGGAUUUAUAUUCGUUUUGUGGUACUAUUAUUUCAACACCAGGAAAAACAGAAGGCGGCUUCGGAGGUGUCUACACAGGCAUUUUGUCCGGCACAAAUGAGGUUGUGGCAGUGAAAAGAGUAUCCCAAGGAUUUAAACAGGGCAAAAGGGAAUAUGUUUCAGAGUUCACCAUUACCAGCCAACUGAGACACCAUAACCUGGUGCAGCUUUUGGGAUGGUGCCAUGAAAGCACCUCUGCUCCUGUUUACCUUCAUGACGAGUUGGACAAUUGUAUUGUGCACAGAAAUGUGUGGACCAGCAACGUGAUAUUGUAUUCUAAUCUCAAUGCCAAACUGGGAGAUUUUGGUCUGCCCAAAAUAGUGAAACACUAUGGCCCUUCUUCUCACACAACAUUACCUGCAGGAAAUUUGGGGUAUUUAGCACCACAAUGUGUAGUGGUAGGAAAGACAAGUCCAGAAUCGGAUUUUUUAGCUUUGGGAGAGCUUCUGGAUUCAGCUAUUAGAAGGCUUGGUGGAAACUUAAAUGAAGAAGAAAUGCAGAGGCUCAUGGUGGUUGGAUUGUUGUGCUGUGAGUAG